GUUAUAUUUAUCAAUGUGGAAUGAUAAUGGCUGCAAGAAGGAGUUUGGCUAUAUCUGUGAAAGACCAAGGGGUAUGUUUUCGUGUUAUAAAUCAGUUUCAGGAUUGGAACUGAAUAAUGAUUUUGUAAACCACUGUCAUUUAUUAAGAUAAAACCUCAUUCGAAUAAAGAGAUACAUAUAGCAGGACUUUUUAAAUUGAACCUAUCGAAAAAAGACCCUUCCACGGUUUUUUCAAGUUUUGAUAAAGACCAGAAAGCGAAUAUCCAUCGACACUGCUGAGAAAGAACGCCUUUAAUUUAGUAAAUCUGCCAUAAUGGUGGUCACUGUGACGUCAUAUAUGUCGUCAUUGACUAGUCUAUCUUGACUAGAACAAUAUUUCAGAUACCUAGAAGUUCAAAGUUACUUCAAAACAAUAAAUCGUGUGUUUUUCAGAGGGAAUCAAAGGUGUGUUUAUAAAUCCACGAUGGCGAGCAAAAGAAGGGUAUGAGUGGCAAAUUUAAAAUUCGAUUUACAAAGUGAAAGCUACCGCUCUAUCCUUGCUGUCAUGCAUUUUUGUGUUGCUUUUUAGUCGAGCAUUAAUAUUAUACAAGUUUUCUUUUUUCCCCCUAAGUGAGCUUUUUCAUCUCAGCUUUGUAAGAAAGGCCAUCGUUUCUUGAAAAAAAAAAACAAUGCAAAUUUUUCCUCUCUCUGCUAACACCUCAAAACCAUUGGAAUAUUUUAUUCAGCUCUGAAAAUGACUGCGUUUUUGACUCACUAAACUCGAUCACCAAGCAGAUUUGUUGGUUGAGCUUACUGGUUACCAGUCUCCCACCAAGUGACUUCCAUCGUCACCUGCGCCUUUUGAACCGGCAUGUAGUAGCUAAAACCCGAAACACCGAAACGAAACCACCGAAACGACCAAAACGAAAUGACCGAAUCAAGCGUAACGGCCGGAACGACGAAACAAAACCGCUGACGCGAUCAAACAAGCGAAAGUCGGAAAAUCGAUAAAUUGUUCAUGCAUAAGGAGAAAGUUUAGGUCUUGCGUCUGAAGCUUACAUACUACACUCGUAAACACUUAUGGCUCAGUCAAUUCCAAGAGUGCCCAUCCCCCCUGGCAUUUGUCAUUUUGUUUUCAAGUUGCGUAUGUCCCACCCUGGGACAACAAAUUGCUUUUCCGCUAAAUAAGCUGCAAAUACCAUAUUAAUUUAAAAUCCGUAAUAUUCUUAUCCAACUUGUACGUCGUGAAGCACCCUGCGCUAAUCGCUCCUUGACGCUAGUUUUAAUUAUAUCGCUGAAAAGAUCAUAGUCAUUGAUCUGACUGCAGUGCCAACAGCAAGAAUUUGGAUACUCACCCUCCGCGUAUCAACAAAUGAAAAACAAAGACAGAAAACAAUUCUAAGAAGACAGUACGUAGACUUCUAGUAUCUAUGCUAUGCUGUUUUGCAUAUUACUAACGAUUUAAAGACUUUGUAUGAGAAAUUCAAUAUAGUUUUUAAAUCAUUGGAUAAUGCAAUUCUAAUAAUAAUAAUAAUAAUAAUAAAUAAAUAAAUUUUCAUGCAGGGUAACCACUUCAGUUAUACAACUGCUAUCAAUAUGGACCCGGUGGAAUAAUUAUUAUUAAUUAGUAAAAAAAUCUGAUAAUGAAGCUUAUGUACCUGAGCGGACCUGAUAGUGGUCUGCACAUGUCCCAUUUUGGCAGCUGUCAAUUGACCUUAAUUUGGCUCGCUCAUAUAACUUAAAACUACUGGCAGCCAACUGACAGCCCUGCCCAGCGUAGUUUUGUUUUUAUGUUGAAUCGGUAGGUGUGACAUACUGUAUCAGCUUAUAUGUAGGGGCAAAACGACUGGUCUUUCAUCUGAGCCCGCGAGAUGGUCAUGUGAUAAUUGUUAGCGGAUGUCUGAUUUUGACUGCUGUCAAUCUAAUCAUACUCUUACGGAUGGGUAACAUAACUGAUAGGCUAGUGUCAAGUUGUGCAAGAUCUAUUGUGACAUUUGACAUCGGCUUACAUGAAGUGUGUGUGCAAAUGGACGGGCGCAAGCGACGUCAAAACCAAAUUUUCUCGGAUGGAUAGUUUACCAAAGUUUGUGACACAUGGUGCUCUGCAGUGCGCGCUUCACGCGCGAGAGCUCCGCGAUUAUUCAUUCAAAAUAUUUCUCCGAUUCUGAUUGGCUAAAAGCACACGCAUAAUUAACCAUAACCAGUUACUGAUGACCAAAUUUGGAAACAAGGAAAUGACGUCAAAUUGCAGCGUUCUUGCAAGUUAAGGCACCGUUAACCGAAAAGACCUGGGGACGAGGUUGAGUUGUUUUGGUUGUGAAAGCAAAAAAUGGCGGACAUUUCUCUCGUUUCAAGAGUAAGAACCAGGCGAAAUUAUAGCUAAAAACAUGGCAAGAACAGCAAGAACACAAUUUGAAGGGCGACAUCUGCUAUUUGGAGAACAUUUGCGGAGCUGAAAAACCCUUAACGUGCACUAUCGAAGAUGAACUUAACAUCGAUGGAGGUAAGCAUGUUUUAGCUU